CACACUGCAAUAGCAUGAAAAACAUACUACCAACUCAGCCUACAUAAAAUAACAAAAUAAAAUAUCAAAGGGUAUUUUUCUACGCACAACCUCCUUGCAUGCUGGUGGUCAGCACAUGCUUGUACUUAAAACUGUUUAACAACUGAAGCGGAAGGAUGAUAGACUCCCUUUUAAAAUCUUCCACCUGUAUGACACACAAAAUGAUGCAUCUGGGCUAAACUCACAUCCAUCGUGCAACCCACUUCACAGGGAACUUGAUGGGAAGCUGAUUUCCUGUUUAUGGGUCUAAACAAGAGAUUUACUGAGCUUUGCAACUGAUACGCAGUUAGAUGGACUGCCCCGGUCAACAGCGCUCACAGGCAAGAGAAAAACCUUUACAGCAAAUGCCUGUGAAAUGCACGGCCGAGGCCCUUGACUGCUCUCAGAUGCGCUUGUUGUGCCAUCUAGUGACUGCCACGUCCCCCCUCCUUCACCUACCCUUUUUCUACCCGUUCCCUGCACGUUUGCGACAAAUCACGCACAUGAAACAGGAACCAGAAAACUGAAAUACCAACAGAAACCUCCCUAAGAACUCUGCACCUACACGGAUCUUGCAGCUCUUCUAGAGACACGUGUGUCACUGUAGCGUUCUUUCACUGUUCAGUGAGUUUUAAGAGGACAAAAGGGGCAAGAACACCAAAGGUAGCUGGUGCCACCUGGUGGCACAGGUAUGGCUCACUGCCAGAAAACUGCCCGGCUCCAGCAAAUCCAGGGGGAUGACACCACAGCAGCUGAAUCCUCUAAGACACUGAGCCUCAGGCUGGUUCUCUUUCUCCCCACUCCACCAGGAUCCGUGCUCAAAAGGUUUUAAAGGACUUUAGCUGGAUGGUAGAAGAGCUCAUGAUGAGUGAAAGUCCACCUUUAAUGGAUAGGACUCAAGUGUAAAUAGCAUUGCCAUGUAAGAAAAUCUCUGCCUCUAAGAGUUUGUAAUCCUAACACAUGAAGCCGAAGUGUGGUUACACACUCUUACUGUUUCCAUUUGAUUGGGAGUUGUGUGAGAGAAGUGACUGCUGCCAGCUUUUACUAAACAAAAGCUGGCAUCAGGGAGGGGAUACCGAAAAGGCCCUGCCGCUGAUUUACAGCUCUUUGUCAGGACGCAAGUAGUGGAUUCCUGGACUCCGUCUGUGGCUAAGUACCUCACCGGCUGCUCUGGUUUGCAGUUUUGAGACACUUUCUUUAGGAACACUCGGUAGGCUGGGAAAAGGAACGCUGAGCGUAUUGACAGUGGCAACGGCAGUCCUCUUGAGCGUGCUCAGCGGUGAGGAUACACAGCACAGGCCUCCCAGUGCUGUGGGCACAGUCCCAGCGCAACGGGGCGGGAAGGGGCGGCGGCGGGACGCGCGUCCCCCACAUAACAGCACCAUCCCGUCCUGGAGGAUUCUAUCACCGCACCUCUGCAGGCCCGUUACCGGGGCCUACUGCAAGGCGCCUGGACACAGCGAGCAGUCCUGGCCUUAACAGAGACAACGACCCUGCUGCCGGGCCUCCGCCUCCGCUCCCAGCCUCCAUCGACAGCUCUGCGCUCGGCAGCCUCUUCCCCGGUGUCGGACGCGCCCUCCUUGUCCCCGCCCUUUCCUCUCAUCGAUGGCUCAGCGCUCUCCGCGCUCUCCCCGCCCUCAGCCGCGCUUUCCGCUCCCGGCAGCCAGGACGGGCCGCGGCCGCCCUCCUUUGGAGACAGUCACUGUCCGCCCGGGCGCUGAGGCGGUGCCUAAGGACGAUGCGGCCCUCGCAUCCCGGCAGCCGGUGAGGGCGGCGCGCGCGGCCGCCAUGGCGUCCGGCUGCCCGGCGGCCUUCGGGGACCCGACCGAAGUGCGCGAGGGCUUCUUGUGCCCGCUGUGCCUGAAGGAUCUCCAGGCGUUCCGGCAGCUCCAGGCGCACUACGAGGAGCAGCACUCGGGCGAGGACCGGGACGUCAGGGCGCAGCUCCGAAAUCUAGUCCAAAAGGCCAAAAGAGCAAAGAAGAAAUUGCUGAAACAAGAAGAUGAUGACAGAACUGGUUCUGGAUCUCAGGAACAAUAUGAGUCAUUCAGCUAUGGUGGAGUAGAUCCAUACAUGUGGGAGCCCCAGGAAGUAGGUGCUAUGAGAAGCCAUCUUUCUGAAUUCAAGAAACACCGAGCAGCCAGGAUUGAUCACUAUGUAGUUGAAGUCAAUAAGUUAAUAAUCAGGUUAGAAAAGCUUACAUCAUUUGACAGAGCAAACACUGAGUCAGCUAAAAUAAGAGCUAUAGAGAAGUCUGUUGUGCCUUGGGUCAGUGAUCAGGAUGUUCCAUUUUGCCCAGACUGUGGCACUAAGUUCAGCAUCCGAAACCGACGCCACCACUGCCGCCUUUGCGGGUCCAUUAUGUGCAAGAAGUGCAUGGAAUUUGUCAGUCUUCCUUUGGCAAGCAAACUCACUAGUGCCAGCAAAGAGGCCUUGGGUUCCCAUACGAGCCCAAACUCCUCACCCAGCAGUGUCCAUGGCUCCCGCCGUGGCAGCAUCAGCAGCAUCAGCAGCGUGAGCUCUGUUCUGGAUGAGAAGGAUGAUGAGCGAAUCCGUUGUUGUCAGCACUGCAAAGACACCCUGUUGAAAAGAGAGCAACAGAUUGAUGAGAAAGAAUACACACCAGAGAUAGUGAAGCUCUAUGAGAAACUCCGACUCUGCAUGGAGAAGGUUGACCAGAGGGCACCAGAAUACAUAAGAAUGGCAGAAUCGCUCAAUGCUGGGGAGACAGCCUACAACCUUGAGCAUGCUAAUGACUUGAGGGUGGAGAUUCAAAAAAUGUAUGAAUUUAUAGAUGCCUUAAGUAAGAAGAUUUUGAGUCUAGGCUUGCACGACGAUCCUCAACCUCAUCCUAAAAUACUACAACUUCAGCGAAUGAUAAGAUACUCAGCUACACUUUUUGUUCAGGAAAAACUGCUUGGCCUAAUGUCCCUGCCAACCAAGGAUCAGUAUGAAGAACUGAAGAAGAAAAGACUGAAUAUGGUCGCUCUUGAAACACAGGGAAAACAAGAGGAAAAGCAGAAGGAGUUUAUUUCCAUGUCUGCAUCUGCAGUUAAUGGCGAUGAAAGUCACAUAAAAAAAGGAACAGUCAGAAAAUCUGAAGGCUGGUUACCCACAUCUAGCAUUUCGAGGGAGAGCGAGAGAGCAGACCCACUCCUUCAGCAGAUUGACAAUAUCACAUCCUUUAUUCAGCAAGCAAAGGCAGCUAAUAGGAUAGAUGAGGUUCACACGUUGCAAGAGAACCUGAUGCAGCUUCAGGAUGAAUAUGAUCAACAACAAACUCUGAAAGCUAUUGAGCUUUCUAAAAAACAGGCAGAAGAGGAGGAGAUACAGAGGGAGGAACUUCAGGUCCUCCGUGAAAAAGAGUGGGAAAGAGAGCACCAUAAAUUCAUGUCUCAGCAUUCCAGGACAUGCUCCUUAGACUUCAGAGAAGUCAAACAGCACUUGGAUGUUACUUGGAUCAAAGGGGACGUGAGUUUUGAAACUCCUGCUGUUGAGCACCUGCAAGCUAAAGAGCACUUGACCUUCACACUCAAACCCCAGAAUGUCCCACAGUGUGACAAAGAUCGGGAUCAGCCAGCUUGCCUAAACCCCUUUGAGGAUGAAGCAGAUACCCCACAGGUAGAGGAAGAUCCCACUAACCCAUUUGCCAAAGAUGCCUCUCCAGUGGUUUCUUUCUCUGACACAGCUCAGCAAAGUGAUAAAAAAGAAUAUAAUCCAUUUGAAAGUGAGGAGGAGGAUGAACAAAGUAAUGGAGCACCUGGCAGUUCUUCAAACCCCUUUGAAGAGGAUGAAAAUCCAUUUGAAAAGCCUGGGGGCAGUUGGAAUUCAGGGAAUCCAUUUGAAGAGGGAUCCUCUAUCAAUCCCUUUGAAGUGGAGGAUGGCAGUGAGAUCUCUGGAGGGGAGGCUAUAGAGGAAGAGCUGCUUCUCCAACAGAUAGAUAAUAUUAAAGCUUAUAUAUUUGACGCCAAACAUAGUGGACGACUGGAUGAGGUGGAGGUACUGACAGAGAACUUAAAGGAACUGAAGCACACAUUAGCAAAGCAGAAGGAGAAAUCUAACUGCUGACAAUUCAGUCUGCUCUUAAGUAUGGGAAGGUAAGGCAGAUACUUACAGAUCACAAGAGGGAAUUGGGAGGAUCCUGACUUUAAAGCACUUUCAUUUAGACAUUGCCACUACUACGGAGUCUUGAGGAAAGAAUUACUGAGAAAUGCUGCUGGUCUCAAAAGCUUAGAGUAAGAAAUUUUAAAAUAGCUUUUUACAGCACUUUUAAUGCUAACUGGUCUUACAGGAUGCUUAUUUUGGUCCAGGGGUUAAGUGCUAAUAGGGAACUGUGAUGUGGAAGUGGUUGGAAUGUUGGUUUGCCUUCUUUCCCAUUUUCUGCUGUAGUGUUGGCCUUUCCAAGUGUGGCUUUGACUAAAAAGAGAUGAAAACUUUUCUAAAACUUCUUCAUCCCCUCCUGACCCAGUGUAGUUGAACUGGUAACGGUGUUCUGUGCUCCUGAAGAGCUGUGGUGAUUCUCCGGGGUGCUGAACGUACAGGCUCGCAGAUCAAGCUGUGCAAUGCUGAUAAAUACAUAAAAGGGAUCUUAAGACUGAGAAGAACUUUCUAACUGAUCUUAGUAUGAGUAACUUUUUAGUGUCUGUAAAAAGAUUCCCAAGUAAAAUUUGGAUGCUGCCUUUCAUCACUUCCGGUUUCCCAUUUGCUCUGAGCUCAAACCAUGGUGUCAUAGCAUCAUGCUGGCUUCAGACCUGCUCAUGAGGGAGCAGGCAUUUGCUCAUUUCCAGGGAAAGGAGCGUCAGGCCAGCACCACUUCUAACUGUAAUAUAAAGGGUGAACCUCUAAUUGCUAAUUACAUUAUGGAAUCUACACAUUUCUUUAAAUCCUCUGAGUGACAGAAUAAUCAGGUUUGUUGUAUUUGUGAGACUGGAACACUUUUUUGUAGCACCCAGGCAACAAAAAAUUUUGUUUAUAAUAGAAAGCUGAGAUGCCGCUGGAAUUUUGUGAACGCUGGGAGACAAAGUCUGUGCCUGCAAUAGUGCCAAAUGGGAAUUCUCUCUUCAGUAAGAUUCCCCUCAGUUUUUAUGAGAAUCAGGCAUACCUGUUUUAAAUAAGGAAGUUCAGAUUGAAGACCUCUUGUGAUCCUGUGGCCUGGGGGAUAACCAGGUGACAGCCAGUACCUGUGAUGCAGGAGAGCCUACAGCUGGGCAAAUGCAGAGGUUUUGUGAACAGUGAAAUCUGAACUGCUUUGAUUUUUGAGAGGCACAGGCCCAUCAGCAGGAAUGCCUGUUUGCAGCACUGGUGGUGGUGAGUUAAUCUGAAAGGGUUUCUUUAUUUAAAGCUGAAAUAGAAGGAAAUCAGGCAGACCACACUGUAUAGCACUGAAAGUAGGGGGCUUACUCAGAAAUGUGAGGUUCUGUGGAAUGGGACAUGUCUUUUGAUUAUGCCUCUGAUACUGGCAUAGCUGUAACCCCAGCACGGCUUAAGAUUUUAGAGACAAAUAACUCUUACCUGAAGAGCAGGAACUCUUGUUCCUAGCUGUGAGUAAGUAGAGGUAGGGACUUGUGGAACUGUUUUUUAAAAAUACUAAACCACCUAUAUCCUCACUUUAUACCACUAUUAAGGGAUUGAAGUAAUUCAGACCAGCCAGUCAAGGAUACCUGAUGGUCUGUCUGGUGUAGUGUGAAUCUGGAUUUGAAAGGCGUACAGAAGAGGUUGGCUUAAGACCAUGAAGUUCUUAUACUAAUGUUUUAUUAGAGCUGAUUGAGUCCCCAAGUGUUAUUUUGCGCCAAGUAGAAGAAAGAACAGAGGAUUCUGAAACGUCUUGACAGAACAUAGGUGCUUAGCACCAGAUUCAUGAAGGCAGCAAAAACUGUUGAUGGCUAAACAAAAUCCCUGGAAUAAUUUAAGAGAGAUAAUGUAAGACAGUUAGGACAGAAUUUGUUGCUAGUCAGGAGGAUUGCUUCCUGCACCUCUAACCUAAUGCUUUUUUAGGUAUCAACAUGAAAAAAAUGUUUCAGUGGCUUCAGCUUUCAGUUUAAAAAGUGUUUUUUUCUUGUUGCAACUAUCCUGCCUUGUUUAUAUUUCCCAGUAAUACACUAAUAACUGAAGUAUUCUUAUUGUAUAUGUCAUACAUUAUUUUUACAAGCAGGUAACAGACUAGCAUACCUCAUGAUCUUUGUCAGUGUUAAAUGUGAUAGACAGCUAAUACUAAAAUCAUCUUCAAAGUGAAGACUUUUGCUGGUAUAGGGACUGCUGUGAGGCUUGCAAGGCAGAAGGGACUGAAGACAUCUGAAGCAUAAAGCUCAAUAAUUAGCAUUGACUUUUGUUACAACUGCAUGCACUACCCUGUAUGAAAACUUUGUAAGAAGAGAUUAAAUAAAACAACAUGUUUAUUUUGUGUUGUGUUUGUCCUUGACAA